AGUGCCUCGAAGUGAAUCAAGUGACACACAAUGAAAACCUUAGUCGUUUUGUUCUGCGUCGUGGCUGUGGCUUUUGCCAAGCCCGGCUUCCUCGUUACCCCUUUGGCUUACUCUGCUAUAUUCCCUGGUGCACCGUUAGGAACUGACGGCCGUGUGGUUGACACUCCCGAGGUAAGUUUGGCUAAAGCCGAGCAUGCCGCCGCCCACGUGAACGAGCGCCUCAACCGGAACCAGGAACUGCUCCGCUCAGCCAACUUCAUUGCCCCAGCUGUUCUUCCUGCCGCUGCAGUUCCAGCUGCUAUUCCUCUUGCUGCUGCCCCCGCUGCGCUCCGCAUUGCUACUCCUCUCACUUACAACAGCAUCCUUGCCGCCGAUGGCCGUCCUCUUGACACCGCAGAGGUCGCCCUCGCUAAGGCCUCUCACGCCGCCGCUCAUCUCAACGAGAGGAUCAUCCAUGCCAACGAAUUUUCUAGGAAUCUCGAGUACGCCUAUGACAGAUACUACUGA